CAAGACGAAAGAAUGAAGGAAGAGAAGGAUAAAGUGCUGGACGAAGAACAGUGGAAGCACGAAGCGCAAGCUGUCAUCGAUGACGUGAAGCAACAUGUAACCGACAUAAAAGUAUCGGAGACGUUAAGGAGUACCAACCAGCUUAUCUAUCUGAAUCUGACCACGUUGGAGGGCUUAAAGUUUUGCAUAAAAUUGUCGAGUGCUGGAUUUUCUGUCGUCGGCAAUCAGCACGACGAUACGUCGAACACGGGGAACGAACAUUUCGAAACGCCUUACAGUUUAUUGGACCUUGUCAGUCCUCAAUAUAGAAAUUCUUUUGGCAAUUCGCUCCUCGACAAGCUUAAAAAGGUGUGCGACGAACAGUGAACAAAUUCGAUGGAAAUUUUUGGUACUUUUGCACCCAUGUAUUUAAUUUCUCAUUGCAAAUGCUUCAUCGCAACGUGAAACGCGUGUGAACGGUAACGAAGGUUUGCAUUUAAUCGUUUGCAUGCAUGUAUUUCAAAAUUAAACGCUCGAAUGAAAAAUAAAUCUUGGAUACUGGUCGAAUGCGUUCGUUCCCUGCGCAGUGUUCAUUUAGUCCGAAGGUAGCAGAAGAUGUCCGAGCACGCAGUAAUUUGCAAGGACAGGAUCGUAUUCGAUACGUAGUAACAAGUGUUCUAACGUUCUCGUGUGUUUUUGACGUAAGCCGAGAAAUGCUGCCAAGAAAGUUUCUUGACCAGGCAGACCACUAAAAGAACACAAUUCCGUAUUAAAUACGACUCGCACAUUAUCGCUAAAUGAAAUCACCUGAUACCCAUAUAAAACGUAUACUACUUGAAAGUAGUGAUAUCUAAUUGUACUGUGGUAUCAAACAAAGCACUUUUGUUUAUCUUAGAAAAAUACGUUUUCUAAAUAUACGCAUUCAGUAAACAUCCAUGAAGAAAUAUAGAUACAAACAUAAAAUAGAAAAUGUCAUGUAACGAGUUUAGUACACAAUAUAUAGUUCGAAUGUGAAUGCCUUAUACAAAUAAUAUUCUAAUUUAAAAAAAAGAAGUUUGGAUCUCUAAAAUAAAUUUCUACAUAUUUUCAUUUCUUAAUUACUCAUGCCAUAUUCGAAGUACUAUUUUAUUUCCAAUUGCUUUGGCAUUUAUUGUUUAGUGCAACAUUUUAAAUGCUUUUGUUUCAAAAUGUACCCAGGUCCGUGUGCGAUAGAUACGGGAAUGCGUUAUCGACGAAUCAUACGUUCCUAGGAAAUAUCCCUAGGAAUCGGAAGAUCAGUCGGUGCAGUGGUUAUAUCGGUUGUGUUUACCCCCUCCUCUGCGUUCGUUGCUCUAUGCCCCGUUUGGCGUAUUCCACUGUCGAGUUGUGAAGUAACGAAGCGGUUUCGCCGAAUGUGUCGCAUUGUGUGCGGAUUUCGUAGUGUUUCUGAAUGAGUUUAUCAUCGAUCAAGUGCUUGGGAACGACACAGUGUAUUCUAUUUAUUAGCAUUGCAUUCGCCAGUGCAACGAUGUCGAACAGUGAGCGAUGACACGCCCGUGAAAAACGAUAACGACGGCGAUCCUUUGAUUGACCAGACACGACAGAGAAAACGUACUGAGCAAAGGACCCUCUUUGUGUAUUCGUGUGACAUUACGUCGAACAAAACAUGCUUCAACCACGAGCUACGUUUAUAUGGCGGUAAAAAGG